AUGAGCGACCUCGAUGAUGAGUUGCUCGGCUUAGCCGAGGGCACAUCCAGCGGCAGGCGCAAGACCGCCCCUGCUAAGCGCAAGAGAGCCCCUGUACCUCAAGCAGAGUGAGUGCAUCGGUCGUCGCGUCACCUUGUCUCCCCGGGACACCUCCACUGUUCCCGUAGUCCGGCCCGGCUAAUCGCGUUGGAUUGGCCUGGCUUCGGCCUACCGGCUGUCUGGCCCCUGCAGGGACUCGGCCUCGGACAUGGACAUGUCGAGCGCGUCCGACACUGAACCCAGUUCCAGUAUCAAGGCCGCUCGUAACGUCAGGCCUCGCCAUCACCGGCGAAGUGACGACGGUGAAGCUGGCGACGGUGCCGAUGGCCCGCAGAUCGACGAUCGUGAUCCACGCGACAAGUACCGUCUCGAAGGCAAAUACAUCGAUCACCAUGACCGUGCCAGGCAAGUCAAAUGAUGAAGCCCUGCUCUUCGGUCGUAGUCGUUGCGUCGUCUCGUGCGUCUCUGACCGAGUCGAGCGACCUGCUCUCACACCAUAGAAUCGAAGCGAUGAACGAACUGGACCGUGAAGCCAUACUCGGCGAACGCCAAGAUGAGAUCAACAUUUACACCGAACGGUUGCAGCUGCGCCAAAUGGUCCAGCGUAAGGAGAAGAAGGACUUGCAAGGUGGAGUAGACGAAUCCGAUGAGGACGACGAGUAUGAUAUGCGACCCACUCGCGACAGAAAAAUGACAGGGACCACCCGGGAGAAGCGCGACGGCCUCGCGAAACUGCGCAAAAGUCGGGAAGGCAAGGCCCAAAAGCGAGAGCAGAAGGUAAGACGGCCGCACAAAGUUUUUUUCUCUGCCCGUCUGCCCGGAAUCAUUUGGCUAACUGAACUUAACCGCACCGGGCAGCAUCGUGCGCGUGACCACGAUUACGACGACGAGGACAACGACGGCGAACAACACAGAACCCUGAUCCGGAAACCCACUGCAUCGUCGGAUGCAUACACGGAUAGUGAAUCUGAGACGGAGCGCCGCUCUUCGGAAUUGACAGCUGCUAAAGCUGGGCUGGGCCGUACCACACGAAAAGAAGAUGUUGCUACGGAAAGCGAGCUCGGCUCGGUGUUGGUCCCCCGUUCCAAACUGGCCGCAUUCUGCAAUGCACCGUGGUUCGGUGAAUGGAUCAAAGGUGAGUUUGAUCAUCCGCAUUGGCCUCCUGUCAUAUACUGAACAGUGUGGGGGGAGCGUCAUGAUUCGCAGACGCUUGGGUCCGUCUGGGCGUGGGACUAGGCCCUGACCGCUUGCCCCAGUAUCGACUCUGUCGUGUUUCAAGUAAGACCCAACUUUUUCUCAUGGCUGCAGCUUUUUGUUGGCUGACGCAUGGCAUUUUCUUCCCCUGCCCGUGGUGUGCCUGACAGGUGUACGUGAGGGGACGCAAUCUUACAGAUUGGAACAAACGACGACGAAUACGGAGCUUGAGUUGUGCCAUGGCAACAGCGUCCGGUUCUUUCAAAUGCAUGUCAUCUCCGAUUCACCCAUGGUCUCAGUAUGUCGCUGGUCUUCGAGUUCACCGCUCGACUUGUUCUCGCUUCAUCUUUUACUUGUGCUCAUCCGGUAUCUGUCUUCGACGCUGUCCAGAGAGAAUUCUCACGACUUCAACGCCAACUGUUGACCGACCAGAUCCCCUUCCCUUCCCAAAAAGACGUCAAUAGAAUUCGCAAGAAACUUGACGAGCACAAUGACUACGUCAUGACCGAAGUGAGUUCUAGAUUUCCAAAGAGUCUGGCGCGCCUGCCAUGGCGCUGACGAAGCCACAAGCUUCUGACAUGUAGGCGGAUGUGGCAGCCGUUCUAGCGAAGAAGGGUGCUCGCGUCAAUGCUGCCGCCGGUAAAGCUCGGCUUCUCAUCCAACGAGACUUUGCUCGGCAAGCAGGUGACGACAAAUUGCUUGCCGAGGUUUCGGCUCAAUUGGCGACGUUCGAUGCGCCAGCCCCUUCGCCGGGCCCUGUCGGCUCGGAGCACGAGUCAGAACAAGACCGCAUGAAAAGGUUGAACGAGCGCAAUCGAGCGACCAAUCGCGAAGACAUCAAAAAAGCUGAAGGGCGUGCGCAAGAGGAACGACGGCGACAGGCCGCAGCGCUGGCUCGCGGCGACAGCUCAGUGAAGGUCGACCCGAGUGCCCGGGUCAAAACCAUGACGCGACUGACCUACGAUCGGUAAGGACGGUCACCUCGGAGAUGAAGAGGAGUCCCAGCUGAUUGGAGCCGGGGUAUUUCUUUCCUCCCUGAAUAGAGACACCCUGGGUCGAGCCACGGGUUUCGCGGACCAAAGUAAUCCGCACACGCCGACCGAAACUAGCGCCAAGCCUUCGAGUCAAUCGGCCGCUUCUGGCCAAAAGUUUGAAAAGCUCGUCGCGAGUCGUAUUAACGUUGAUGUCGAUCUCGAUUUCUGA